UGUUCACAGUUCAGCCCAGAUGAUGAUUCUGCUGCUUUUGUGGAGCAAACUUCCAACUGCGAUUCCAGUCCCAAUGUCAUCAGAUGAGGAGAUCACAGAACUCAAAAGGCCUUCACCCCAAAGCCGAAUACAGGAUUUUCCCCAAUUGACACAGCCUGUCCAUGCAUCUCUAUACUCCAUGUGUCCUAUCUGUUUGGGAACCUUUGACAACAUGCUGUACUUAAGCCCCUGUUUACAUAGUUUCUGCUUUCUUUGCACGCAGGACUUGCUGGAAACCAAAACAGAAUGUCCUUUCUGCAAGCAGCCUUUUGGUUCUGUUUUUCAUCCUGUGAAAGUCAAAGGAAACCCUAAGGAGCUCCCACCUUUAUCUCCCACAAGACACUCUAAGGGUUUGUCGCCUGCCAAAAAGUGCUCCCAAAAGUCACAUAUUUGUUUGUCUCCCAAAAAGCAUACCCAAAAAGUGGUUCCAGUUCUACCUUUCAAAAAGCAUCCUAAAGAACUAGGCAUUCCUUUACAUGAUAGAAGUCAUUCUGAAGAUCCCAUUUCUUUCGCCUGUAAAGAUGAAUCACCUCCUGAGAAGCUGAAUCAUCUCCUCUCCAGUACUGAUCAGAAGAAACCAUCACUUUCAAAAAGAGAAGUUAGUUCUGGGACCUGUUCUCAUGAACCGUGUUCUGUAAAGUCAUCAGAAGAUCUUGGCAGAUUUAUAAACCAGCAGAACCCUCAGAAAUGCUCCCACUGGUCUGUCAUUGAGAAAAAGCCAAAUUCAGAUGAGACUUCUUCAGGAUUAAUGCAGAAUGAAAAGGCUCAGAAUACCACAGCAGACUUGCCGAAAUGUGGAGACUGUGCUCCAGGCAGUCUUCAUAACAGAGCAACAUCAGCCAAAUUAUCAAGGCCAAACAUUCUAGAAGCCACUCUGAUGCUUUUUUUGUCUGGUAUCUUGCUGUUUGUUGAGGCACAUGAGCAAAUUGGAGAAUAUGCAAGUAACAGAAGGUUCAGCCAAUGGAAUGGACCCUGCAAAACCCCAGAGAAGACAUGUGGUGGUGGUAGGGGACUUUCUACUGUGGGGAACAGAAGCAGUGAUUUGCAGGCCUGA